GAGCCAGCCGCCGCCCACCGGCCCGUCCCGGCCAAUGGGAGGCGGCCUGCCGCUCCGGAGGCUCCGUGUCCCGGGCUGUCAGCGGAGAGCCUGCCUCCCUCAGCCCCGACACACUGCGCCUAGUCCGAGCCGAGCCGAGCCGACCGGACCCGCCGAUGGGACCGGAGUGACCCCCGAGGCGGGGAGGGACGCAGCGGGAGCAGCGCUUCCAGGCCGGGGGAGCUUUCUUCAGCCCGCCGGGGAUCCUGAGACACUUUGACAGCCGGAACCUCCGUUCAAAACAGCUGCAUGUGUGGCGCGCUGACCUCCAGUGAUGGAGCCCCGGCCCGCCGUGGCCUGGGUCCUGCUGCUGACCGUCAUCCUGGACCUGCUGAAGGCCACACACAGCAGGGACUUCUCUGAACAGGACAUCGUAUACCUCCACCCGUCCACCACUCCCUUCCCUGGUGGGUUCAAGUGUUUCACCUGUGAAGACGCACCGGACAACUUCCAGUGUAACCGCUGGGCGCCGGACGUGUACUGCCCCCGAGAAGCUAAGUACUGCUACACGCGCCACAUGAUGGACGCGGACGGAGGCAGCGUGUCCGUGACCAAACGCUGCGCGGCUGUGGAGGACUGUCUGUCGUCUGGAUGCUCGGCGACGCAACACGACGGAAGCCAGGUCUUCCUCCAGAUGUGCUCCGCCUGCUGCGAGGGAAACAUCUGCAACUUGUCGGUUCCCUGGAAUCAGACGGACGCCGUCUUCACGGCCACGUCGUCCCUCAGCAGCGGCGCAGGACGUCCCCGGAGCCGCGGGGUGGCGGCGGCGCUCGUCAGCGCUUCGCUCAUCAUGUGCAGGACGGUGUGAGGCCCGCCGGGGACCGCCGGGUCCUUCAGUCCAGAACCUCCAUGAGCUGAACGGAAGCUUUCUUCCAUGUUUCGUCUCCAUAAUCCAGGAGCGUCUAAACAUCAUCAUGAAGUUGAUUUAUCUCAUUGAUUCCAUUUAAAGAGUUAAACUCAAAGAUUCUUCACACGAUAUUGUGGAAAAGUUGAAUAUUGAUGAUCUGUGAAGGUUUACUGAGAAUUUAAAUGCUCUCAGUUUGACUGACCUCUGAGGAGCGUAGGGACUGAGCAUUUCAUUAGAACUGAAUUCAUCCUCUGCAGUCAUGAUGAAUCAUGAGUUUCACUCUGAAUGGAAUCACGGAGAUGACUGAUGAUUUUGUUUUUGCAUGUUAUUAAUCUGCUGUCUUUGUGUAUUUGCUGUUGGUUGACGUUUGAGGCCGUAACUGAGUGCAUGUUCAGAGUAUUUAUUUUUCUAUCCGAGUACAGUGACCUGUGAGUCUUAGCUGUAGAUUAUCAGGUUUAACCUUCAUUCUUAUUCCUAAAAUCAACUUUCUGACUCCUUUCUAAUUUAUUUGCAGUGAACAUUCGAAGGGCUGGAAAGUGUUUCAUGUUAUUUGAUGUCGACAUUUUGUAUCAAAAUCUUCUUCUUACAUUUGUUACGUGUUUUUAUCAACAAUAAAGAAAAUGUUCGCUUUUAAAACUGAACUAAUAAAACGGA